AUGGAAACAAAUAUGAAAAAGCUUGCGGAACUUCCGCAAUUGCGGAAGCAGAAGCUGAGGUCUGUUGCAUCACUAAACCCGUCACGCGUCCUAGAGACACACAGCGUCCUUACCGAUUAUGGAGGGGAGCUCCCGCCGCCUUCGUCCCUAUGGCACAAGAUAAUUAUAAAGAACAAGAAGAAACACCAUCACCACCAUAAGAAGGAAGACUCGGUGACUUCUGAAGAGACAGAGCAGCCUGAACAGCAGGCACAGGGCAAUGGCGAUAUUUCGCAUGGAUCUCUAGUUCGCCAAGGUUCCAAAGAAUCAACCGAGUCAUCAGACUCCGAGAGCUCGUCAGGCGAGGAAGAAGCCGUAGCGGAAACGGGGUCGGGGGAAGAAAAACGCGAAACUCAUGCUGGUGCUGAAAUAUCUGCGCUCGUCAACUACGUGCAGCCCGUGCACUUUAGCUCGUUCGAAAAUGCAGAAAAGAAGAACCGUUUCUACGAGAUGUCAUCUUUCGAUGAGAAGCAAGCAACUACUUUAUUAAAAGAACGCCCGAUCGAAUUCGUCAACUACAACAAGCACCAACUGUCUCGCGUCUAUCCUGCCGGCACUAGAUUUGAUUCGUCCAAUUUCAUGCCGCAAGUGUUCUGGAACGCAGGGUGCCAAUUAGUGGCCUUGAACUACCAGACGUUGGAUCUGGCGAUGCAGCUUAAUCUUGGCACCUUCGAGUACAACCGCCGUUGUGGAUAUCUGCUCAAGCCUGAAUUCAUGAGGAGAAAGGAUCGUCGCUUAGACCCGUUCGCAGAAAGUACAGUCGACGGCAUAAUUGCCGGGUCUCUAUCCGUCACCGUUCUCUCCGGACAACUACUAACAGACAAGCGCUGCGGCACGUACGUCGAGGUGGAUAUGUUUGGAUUGCCUGCCGAUACCGUGCGGAAGAAGUUCCGUACUAGAGUGGUGCCUAAUAAUGGGAUCAACCCUGUUUAUGGAGAAGAGCCUUUCAAUUUCAAAAAGGUUGUGCUGCCAGAGCUAGCAAUGAUCCGUAUAGCUGCGCACGAAGAAAGCGGCAGACUAAUCGGACAUAGAGUCCUGCCCGUGGUGGGGCUGUGCCCCGGGUACCGACACGUCAACCUUCGUACUGAACUCGGCUUGCCUCUACCCGCUAGUUUGUUGCUGCUCGUUGUUGUUAAGGAUUAUGUACCAGACCGACUCUCUGAACUAGCAGAGGCCUUAGCGAACCCAAUCAAGUACCAAAGUGAAUUAGAUAAGCGCGAACACCAACUAGCUGUACUGACGGAAGACAUGGACGUUAAGCCUGAAGAGGAGCAGCUGCAACCACGCCGACCGAGUUCCCAGCCACAGCCUGCCCAGUCAUUUACUAAACAGGAGAGCGCGGCAGACGGCAGUCCGAGCAAGACCAAUGUAGCUAUAACGGCGACCAAGAAGCUGAUAGAACAAGAAUCGCUCAGUGCAUCUGCGCCACCCGUCAUUGAAGAGAAGGAUAGUAACAAGGAGACUCAAGAACAAAGAGAUCAGAACAAAUCAAACGGCAGCUCAGAUGAGCAUCUAGCGGAAACAAUAGAAACCCUCCUUAGUUCGAAAGUGGUUCGCGAGAAGCGACAGGAGCUCGCGCGAAAGCUCGAUGCACUCAGGAGGAAGUACGAUAAGGACAAGCGGCCGGUUUCCGCGAAGUUCUUUGUCAAGCGGCUGUCUUCUAAGAACAUAAAUCCAUUGAGCGAGGCGAGCACGAGCGGCGGCGAAGAGACGGGCCCUUCGAACGAACUCGCCGCGGCAGAGCGCGAGCUGCGCCUGCGUUACCACCACGCCAUCUACGGCGCGCUCGACAAGCAAGUUCGAAAUGAUCAGCAACACCAGAUGAAAGCACUUACCGAUUUGUUAGAAGUUGAAAAGAAGGAGAUAUUGACUAGACUGGCAAACUCGCGGAAGGAAGACGUGAAGGCGUUAGCGAAGAAAACCAACAGGGACAAAGAUGAGAUACUUAGGAUAAAAAGAGAAAUUCACUCACAGUCUGUGGAGCGCGGCGUGGCGGAGUGUUCGCGGCUGGAGCAGGCGUACGCGCGGCGCCGCGAGCAGCUGGCGCGCACGCACGAGCGCCUGCGCGCGCUGCUGCAGAAGCACCGCGACCAGGAACUACUGGAGCUGGAACGGCUGUGUGGCGGCGCUCCCGAAGGUUAAACUGAGCUGUGGCUGCCUCUCCUCCCGGUGCUAGUAAGCCAGCCGCCCUUCGCCGCCGUGUGACGCGGCGCGGCGUUGGAGCGUGAAUUCUGCCGCCACCUACCGAGUCACCGUUCGACUAUAGUCUCGGUAGGUGAGUCUCUCUAAUUGAGCGUUAAUUUUUUUUAGGAAUCUGUGAUAUUAUCGCCUAAGGAGCAAUGUAGGAGCGAGCGGACGAACGACGCGAGUCGUCUGCGGAUCAGAAGCAACUGAGUCUCGGCAGUAUUUUUCAUUUUGUCUCGUAGCUUUUAAUUGACUUUCCGGGAGAUGUUCGUUUUGGAAUGAGGCUCGUAGUCCGUUUCUCCGAGUGCAUUGUGUGCGAAUGUUUUUGGCAAAUCUCAUUGGGAUUAUGACGGACGUUCGGUCGAUAGUUUUUACCGAGUUCUGAACAUGUCGUUUAUGGCUGAUAGAUUGCACUGUUUUCACUCCGUUUGUGCUAAACGUGUGAAUAUUUCGUGAUAUACAUUAAGAUUGUCUUCGUAUCGUAUACUGUAAUAUAAGGCGUGUGUUUCGGGACUAAAACUCGUUAUAUAUUGCAUUUAUAUAUA